CUUAGAUGCUGUUUUCUGGCAAAUUGUCAUAUCAAAUUGAGGACCUCGAAUGAAAAUCUGACAACUCAUAAUUGUAUGUUCACUAAGCAUAAGAAAUACCUGUGGUAAAACUCAGUCAUUGAAUAAAUUGCAAAAUUUUAAAAGGAGGUGGCAAAAUUUAGAUUGACAAAUGAAUGAUUGGCGACCAUUUGUCUAUGGUGGCCUGUCAUCUGUAAUAGCAGAAUGUGGGACUUUCCCGAUUGACACAAGCAAGACACGGCUUCAGAUUCAAGGCCAGAAACUUAAUGUGAAGCACACAGAGUUGAAAUACCGGGGCAUGUUCCAUGCUAUUUAUAGAAUUGGGAGUGAAGAAGGAGUUAAAGCUUUAUAUUCUGGGUUAAAACCCGCAGUGUUACGUCAAGCAACAUAUGGCACUAUAAAGAUAGGAAUAUAUCAUACUCUCAAGAGGGCAAUAUGCAAAGAUCCAAAAGAUGAAAAGUUAUUACCAAAUAUGGUGUGUGGCGUAAUAGCCGGUAUAGUAUCAAGCUGUAUAGCUAAUCCUACAGAUGUCUUGAAGGUACGAUUCCAAGCUCAAAAUGAGAGCUUUAAGAAGAUGGGGCUCAUCCAAGCCUUUGGACAUAUAUAUAGGAAUGAAGGAGUAAGAGGCCUAUGGAGGGGUGUGGGACCCACAGCAAAUAGGGCAGCCAUUGUUGUCGGUGUUGAGUUACCUGCUUAUGAUAUUACGAAAAAACACAUCAUAAACCAUGGCUUACUAGGAGACAAUAUGUACACUCAUUUUAUAUCCAGUUUUAUAGCAGGUCUACUAGGUGCAAUAUGUUCCAAUCCAGUAGACGUCGUCAAAACAAGGCUCAUGAAUCAACAAAACUUGAUGAAGACAACAUCUCAGGGUGCUUCACCAGCAAUAUAUACUAGCUCAUUACAUUGUAUGACACAUACUGUGCGGACAGAAGGUGUUGCAGCGUUAUAUAAAGGUUUUAUACCAAACUGGGUUAGACUAGGACCUUGGAAUAUUAUAUUUUUUAUAACCUAUGAACAAAUGAAAAGGCUGAAUUUGUAGCAGUGGCUUCCCAUAAUGCAUUUCUUCAUAGUCAGAAGUCACAGUCACUAUAGCAACCAGGAGACAUCAUACAGACACACAAAUCUUGAGGAAGCAAGUGAAGUGCAUUUCAACUGAAGUCUCUACGAGUAACAACAUAAAAUUGCUAUGGGAACCAGAUGGUGGAGAGACACACAGACAGACAAAUAACUGCAGUAUGCAAUAAUGAG